CUUAUGGUUACAUUCUCCCCCAAGGUAGCCUCAACCCUCCAUUUUCUUUUCCCCGUACAUAGUGAUCCGCGCGGCAACACAAAAGUUACACAAACAUGGCGGAGUCAAUCACCGCAACAAUGGCCGCGAGUCGCAAGAGAUCAAGGCCCGGAUCAGAUACCACCAACACCACCAAUACCACCACCUGCAAGACGACACUAGCUUCCAUCAACUUCAACGACAGACCACCACACCCCACCACAAUCAUCUCUUUACCCAAAAAUGAAGACGAAGUCGAAACCCUCCUCGAGAAAACAAGCGCCCUCGCCGACGUAGUCUCCCACAACCGCAGCCUAGCCGUCUAUACCGCCUUCGCAGCAACGCCCAACCCCAAGCGCGACCCCGUCGCCAUCGCAAAGAGGGAAGCCGACGUGCGCGAGCUCGAAAUGUACGACCGCUUCGAGCAGAUCGGCUGCCAGCCGCAGCUCUGGAUGAAGCUCGACGUGCUCAAGGACGUGAAGCCGCUCGACAGGGAGAACAAGAAGACGGCGGCGCGGUACGAGGACAUGGCGUCCUGCGUCGACGAGGUGUGCGGCACAACGGGCGCGACGAAAGAAAAUGUGGCGUGGAUCGUGGAGAAUAGGGAGGUUGUGCUGCCGCUCGUCAAGUUUUAUUUGAGGAUCAAGAGGGCGAGGAGGAAUCUUUCGGGCGGGCAGGCGUGUCUUUCGAGUAAUGAGCUGGCUGAGUACCAGACUGUCCGCAAGAUUCGGAGUGUGUUGGGUGUGAGAAUGCAGAAGUUUCGGAUGGAAAAGGCUUCGGAGAGGAGGCUGAGGGGGUAUGAUGUUGUGCUGUUGAGGAGGCAGAAUGAAAUGAAUGCUAUAUUGAAGGGGCAGCGGGAUCGGGAUGGGAAAAGUGACGAUGGGUUUGUUGCUGAUGGUGGGGAGACGAGGGCAAAGCGUCAACGUUGCUGAAGAAGAAAGUCUUCGGCAUCAUUAAGAGUAGCACAGUAACAGAGAAGACAACAAACAUUAGUUUCGGAUUCGUCGAUAAUCAAUCAUCAUCUCGACCUCGGA